AUGUCAAUGACAGGAAAGUAUGAGCUGGUAUCACAUGAAAACUUUGAACCUUUUAUGAAAGCCUUUGGUAUUCAAGAUGAUUUGAUCCAGAAGGUCUUAGUUGCAAAGAUUAUUUACGAGAUUGUGCAGAAUGGCAAGGACUUCAAGUUCAAAGUCACUACAGGGGACAAUGUUCUACAUAACGAAUUUACAAUUGGUAAGGAGGCUGAGAUAGAGAUCCUAACAGGGGAGAAGUUCAAGAUUGUUGCGCAACUUGAAGGGGGCAAAUUGAUCUUACAAUUUAAGGGAAUCCAAACUAUUACUGAACUAACUGGAGACAUUCUCACCAUUGUCAUGACUAAGGGAGACAUCACCGGCAAGAGAAUCCUUAAGAGAAUUUGA